CUUCCUGAGCCUGAGGUCGAUGAGCCUGACGAACCAGAAGUGCUGGAGCUUCCCGAGCCUGAGGUCGUUGAGCUGCCCGAGCCUGAGGUCGAUGAACCCCCAGCGCCGCUAGAUGUCGAGGAGCCCACGGUAGAAGAACCUGCAGAGGACGAGUCAGCAGAGCUUGAACCGGACGUGGUGGAAACUCCCGAGCCUGGUGUCGAUGUCACUUGUCCACUGGUCGACGAGCUUCCAGAGCCUGAGGACGUUGUCGAUCCGGCUGAUCCUGACGUGGUGGAGGCGCCCGAGCCUGAUGAUGUUGAUGACGCUUGUCCGCUGGUCGAUGAGCCAUUUGAACCCGAUGUUGAAGAUCCUGCACCUGACGAGCUUGUGGAUGAACCGGAUGAGCCUGAAGUGGUCGACCCUGACGAUCCUGACGAAGUGGAGCUACUCGCCGAUCCCGAAGUCGAAGUCGCUUGA